AAGGCUCUUAAAGGGACCGUGUGCUUUUUUUCGCUGUUCCUAACCUAGAAAGUCUAGCGCAGGUUGCAAAAAUAAAAAGGGGGGCAUUUCCUGGUUUUCCCAGGAGGAGGGUGUGGGGUUAGAAAAGGGAAAGAGUGUGUUCCAGACACCUGGUUUCCUUGGGAGAAGAGCGGAGGGUGUUGCCUGACCUCUACCUGCUUGCCUUGGUCUUUGGGUCGGGCAGGGCUUGCAAGGAAGACGCCGAGAAAUACCGAAAACAGCAGGAAGUGACAGCAAGAUGAAGCAAGAAAACAUCUUCCUCUUCGUCCCCAACCUCAUUGGUUAUGCCCGCAUUGUCUUCGCUUUCAUCGCUUUCUAUUUCAUGCCAACUUCUCACCUGACGGCAUCCUUCUUCUAUCUGCUGAGUGGUUUCCUAGAUGCCUUUGAUGGCCAUGCAGCCCGGGUCCUUAACCAAGGCACCCGCUUUGGCGCCAUGCUGGACAUGCUGACGGACCGCUGUGCCACCAUGUGCUUGUUGGUGAACCUGGCCAUGCUCUACCCUGAAUCCGCCCUCUGGUUCCAGCUCAGCAUGAGCCUGGAUAUUGCCUCCCAUUGGCUCCAUCUUCACAGCACAGUGGUAAAAGGUGGAGAGAGCCACAAGAGCAUCGACUUGUCAGGGAACUCGAUCCUGCGAGUCUAUUACAGCUCCCGGCCCGUCCUCUUCAUUAUGUGUGCUGGUAAUGAACUCUUUUACUGCAUGCUGUAUUUGCUGUGUUUUGGUGAAGGACCAGAAAUCUUUCACACCCAUGUUGGUCUCUACCGCCUGGUGCUGUGGGUCUCUUUCCCUAUCGCCAUCAUCAAGAGCCUCAUCAGCCUCAUCCACUUGGUCUCUGCCUCCUGCAACAUGGCUGCUUUGGACGUUGCUGAACGUGCAAAAAGGAUAUAGCCCUUCCAGGCUGCAGUGUAGGGCUGGGAGCCAAACGCCCCUCAUCCUUCCAAAGCAGGCAUGGGCAAACUUCGGCCCUCCAGGUGUUUUGGGCUUAAGCUCCCACAAUUCCUAACAGCCAGUAAGCUGGCUGGGAUUUCUGGGAAUUGAAGUCCAAAACACCCGGAGAGCCGAAGUUUUCCCAUGCCUGUUCCAAAGGGACCGGCUGCCAACCUUCGCCUCGACAGGAUGAGACCUCUUUCCUCCGAUUAACCACUCCAGCUGUGCAGUUCGUGCUUGCUGUCAUGAUCCCUGUCUUCCCAAAUGCUUUGUGGUCUGUCUGGGAUGACGGGUUAGGUCCAGCCUCCUCCCCCUGACUUCCUCCAUAAGCCUCAUAAUAUUUUACAUUGUUUUGGGGGAAAGUAGCUGCUGGCGAAAGAUUUGCCGCAAGUUCGGGUUAAAAGGGAGGAAUUUGGCCCAUCGUUUUAAAAGGCAGCUAAAUAGACACUUUUUAGGGGGAUUUUGAAAACCUUGUACUGCUGAUGUUAUCCUUUGAGGGGAGCCAGAUUCAGCCAUGAGAGAAGUCCUUUGUUUCCCUAAACUGAGCAAGAUUAUUUCCCCAAGAGGGGCAUAUCAUCCCCAUACCUUUCCAACUAUAUCUGAUAAUUCAUUAGCAGUUUUUCCUAACUAUACAAAUAUACGUAUUUAAAACAACGUCCUUAUAUGUCCUUAUAAAGUACUGCUGCCUCUUUGGGAUUCUCUCUGGCUGUGCGUCUCCCUUUGAGCUGAUCAUUCAAGUUGUCUUGGCAAAAAUGUGUCAAACCUCUGCAUGGCCAGAAGGAAACUGUUACUUGAAACAGCUUUCUCCCAAUAAUGCUUUACUUUUGGAAUGUAUAUUACUUGCUUAGUCACUGUCAGCUGUCUUUGUUACACGACGCUAUGUGGCAUGGUGAGCCUAGGAAAAGCCAUACUUGCGGCCUGGACGUUGAAGGGUUAUUCUCUUGCACAUCAUUUUAAGAUGACCAUAGUUGGAAUCGGAUGUUCCUCUUUUGUCAAUCAUGUAUUUGUAUUUUUGGAGAAGGGUAGUAGAGUCUGACAAUUGAUAAAUAAUGACCAUCUUGCUUACCCGGACUCCAUUAUAUUUACUUCCAUGGGAAUCAUUUGGCCUUCCAAAUAUUGUUGCUUUGCAAGUCCAGUGUCACUAAUGGUAAGAGAUGCUGGGAAUUGCAGUCCAACAACAUCUGGAGGGUUGAAGUGGAGCUUUGCUUGCCACAAAACUCUUUUAAGGGGAGAACGACUUUCCCCAUACAAGAUAUCCCAAUAUCUUGAGAUAACAGGAGCCUCAUCUUCUGUACUUGUUUACUUCCCUUUUGUGGUCCAACUUUGUACAACAUAGUUCCAUUUCCCAUGUGGUUUUUAUCAAAGAUGACUAGGUUUACUACUGGUAUGGUGGCCAUCUUAGACCUAACCCAUUCCUUAAGAUUUCCCUCAUUCCCCUUUCCACACAAGCCAGAUUAUUGUAUUUUCAGUAGGAUCUGUGGGCUGGAGCCAUAGAAGAGACGGAAAAGGGGUGAUGACUGAUGAGAAACAGCAGGUUUAGGAUCUGGGCUGGGAUAUCCUGGGAUUUGGGGGCUGCACUGAAGGAGAGCUGAGUUGCCAUUCAUGUAUUCAUAUAAUAAGCCAAAUUAUGUAUUAUCUUGCUGCAGAACCUCUUAUACCAAAGUAGGGGUGAAGCACCUAUGUUGAGCCACUGAUUUUCCUUGCGUACCUACAAUGUCCCACACUGUCUCCUGCAGGUUUGGGGCCAGAGUUACUUGCCAGUCCUUCCCUCGUGAUGUCACCACCAACACCCUCACAACCCCAAAGUAUGUGUAAUUUAUACAUUGGUUUUUACCAGUUUUUGGUGCAAUAAGAGCUUUCUCUCUCUCUCUUCUCUCUCUUGCAGAGUGGGAUUCGCUAUAAUAAAGACCAUCUGUAUCACCA